CGAAGAUCCUUAUCACAUGAUAAAAUUCAGAUUGGGAUGUUUGAACAAUAUCGUCUAUGCAGCAUUUUAUCAUCGUUAUCUACAUAUCACCCGCAAUAAAAUAAUAAUAAUUCCGUACGAACAAAACGUUGUUGUUGGUACGUAAUUUAAUGUAAGUUUGACGACAUGUUUGGUACCAACAAUAAAAAAAAUGAGUGCGAGUAAUUUGCAUUAUUUUGCGGUAAAAUGUUUAGCUUUGCCUGCUGCUAUUAUAGGGAGUCUACAAGCGGCAGUUUGGCUUGUUUUGUCUCUAAUCUCGAUUCUCUAUUACAACAACCAAAUUGAACCGAAUGAAACUUCAUCGUAUACCAGUUACGGAUAUGUCAUUUACCUUUUAUAUUUACAAUCGAAUAGCACGACGGAUUAUCUAAUAAAUCCGGAAUCUUUCGACGUAGUCAUGUAUUUUUAUAUGAUAUUAAGUUUCGUUUGGUUGAUAAUAUCAGCAGAUUUAUUUUGGGUAAUUCAACGGAAAAAACGAGAUAAAAUUUCAACGCUAUUGGUAUGGUGGUCAGCCAUUACUAUCCUCAUAACCAUCUUGGAUGUCAUAAUGAUGAGUUUAUUGGCCGCGGAUCUCCAUCAGAACCAAACAGUCGCUACUGAUGAAAGUACAUCGACAACUGAAAGUCCUAGUACAACGGAAAGUAUAUCCGAAAUUGAAACAACAUAUUUAUCAAAUAUCGAUACGCAAACAGUGAGUGCAGCAAUUACGAUAGUCAUGUCUCUAGCAGCUAGAGGAUAUGUUCUUUUGAUAUUAAAUGUCACAUUUGCCGUUCUUUUAGCAAUAUCAGUUUAUAAAAACCAACAGAAAAAUACUCCAAUCGUUCAUAGACCUAUAAUCAACGCUUAUGGAACCAGACCAAAGACACUUUACGACCAAGUAGAAAUAGACAAAUCGUUUCAAAAUGAAGGUUUCCAAUCGGACGAAUAUACGUUCGCUUUGAAGUCCUAUCAGAACAACGAAAACGGAAAAAAUCCUUUAAGCAAUAGUAAUAGGAGUAGUUUAGCUUACUCGCAGUCGCCCGCGCCGUAUUCUUUCGAAACUGUGGAGCCUCUGAAAUUACCUUCAAUUCAAACAGGUCGAUUGGCGAAAAUUGGAAAAGCCGGCGGAAGAAAGUCUCCCCCUCGUCGAGUACCGUCGCCUACCGUUCCUACGACUUCCAACGGGUCGCCGCAUAUACCAGAACCUGAUUACACACCUCCUCAUUCACCCAAAUUUAAACCAAAAUCUGUAUUAAGACCUAAGAGUAAUUAUGAAUUGUAAUAACUAAAUAUAUGUAUGACUUUUAUUAUUACUAAUUAUUUAAAAAAUUUGUUGAUAUAUUAGUUAAUUAAAUCUGUUGCUUUUUAUUUUUCUACGUUUUUUUAUAUAUUUCGAAAUAUAAUUGUUGAUCAUCCUGUA